AUGGCCACCCAGAUCCGCGAUACGCAGUUCGGUCACCUCGUACGCUUUCUGUCUAGAAAUAAAGUCUUCCGAUACCCUGAUGAAGUUGACCCUUCCCUAUGGAAAAGACCUCUACAAGGCGAUACAGGCCCAGCACCUAUAUCGCCGGCAGAACAAGCCAACGAUACACAGGGGUUUGACAAGCAGAGUCCCAGCACAGCUCAAGUCGGUGAAAACGACCGAGAAUUUAAUCUAAUAGAUUGGUAUGGACCUGGUGAUCCAGAGAACCCUCAAAAUUGGUCUGGCAACUGGAAGCUACUGGUCGCUUUCCUCAUGUGCAUUCUCAACUUCUCAUUCUACAUCGCAAGCUCAAUAUACGUCCCUGGUAUACCUAACAUCAUGGAAGACUUCGGCGUUAGCGAGAUAGUGGCUACACUAGGACUCUCCCUAUUCACGCUUGGCUACGGGCUAGGUCCCAUGCUCUGGUCUCCCAUGUCCGAAAUCCCCCAACUUGGCCGCAGCCCCUUUUAUUUCUGGACAUUCCUCGCCUUCAUCCUGCUCCAGCUCCCCACGGGCUUCGCCGUCAACAUGCCCAUGUUUCUCGUCUUCCGCGUCCUGACCGGGUUUGUCGGCAGUCCGCCUCUAGCAACCGGCGGUGCUACUAUUAUAGAUAUGUACGACCCGGCCAGCGCCGGAUACGGGAUUUGCAUAUUAUCGUCGUUCGGGGUCCUCGGUCCCGUCUUCGGCCCGAUAAUCGGGGGGUUUGCCGCGCCGGCGGAGGGCUGGCGGUGGACGAUUUGGAUAUUCACGUGGUUGUGCGCGCUGGUGGUGGUCCUGCUGUUCUUCUUGCUCCCUGAGACUAGCGCUGCGAAUAUCUUGUAUAGGAGGGCGAAGAGGCUGAGAAAGAUAACUGGUGAUUCCAGAUUCAGGAGCCAGUCUGAGAUCGAUGCUGCUCGUCACACGUUGAAGGACCAUCUGGUUGUUCUAGGCAGGGCUUUCACGCUGACUUUCUCUGAGCCCAUUGUUUUCUUCAUGGAUUUAUACUCGGCACUUCUCUACGGGAUUCUCUUCCUUUGGUUCGAGUCGUUUCCUCUAGUGUUUGGAGAGAUCUACGGGUUUAGCACUGGUGCGCAAGGGUUAGCUUUCCUUGGGAUCUUCAUCGGCGCUUUUGUCACCGUGCUUAUCAUACGGACAAUAAUACCAAAAGAUUAUUAG